UCAAAAACUAAUUUCAUAUUUUCAUAUGAAAUUUUUUAGAAAAAAUAAUUUUUACAAAUCUAAAAAAAUCAAACCUAUCUUUAUCAUUUAAACAAAAAACGGAUCAAUCGAUCCCCCUCCAGUGCCGCCAUUGACGAAUCCUUCUCAUUGAAUCAGGUUUCUUCUUGUAAGGUUGCUGCAAAAUAGAAAACCUUACUUCCCAGAAAGAAACAAUUCUUUACAGUCUUUUCAUAUGGAUCCAGAGGCCGCACGGACAGCCCGGGAAUCUCUGGACCUGGCAUUUCACAUGUCAAACAUUCUUGACACUGGGCUCGAUCGCCACACCCUCUCUGUCCUCAUUGCCCUCUGUGAUCUGGGCCAGAAUCCCGAGGCAUUGGCUGCCGUUGUCAAGGAGCUCCGAAGGGAGCCUUCUUCCUCAUCUCCAAUGCCAACAAGUUCUUCAUCCGUACACUAGAAGGUGUUAUUUUCUGCAAAGUAUUUAAGGGAGGAGAUUUUUGUUGCUUUUAUAGUUCCCCAAUGUGUUCUUCAGUUACCUCUACCUAGAUUUCAAAACUAUUUAUAUGUUUUCAAUAUCUUGAGACAAGUUUAUGUUUGGAGUAUAGGUAAAAGACAUUUUGAUGAGGUUUUGAGUAAAUGCUACAAUGAUUACAUUUGAUUUACUAUCUCAA